UCUUGUUCAGUUGCUGUUCCUGCUCUCAGUAAUGGCGGCUGCUGAUCUGAGAGACGAGCUGAGCUGCUCCAUCUGCCUGAGCAUUUAUACUGAUCCUGUAUCCCUGCCGUGUGGCCAUAACUUCUGCCGGGGCUGUAUUGGGACAACAUGGGACACCCAGGAGGGAUCUGGGCCUUAUUCCUGCCCUGAAUGCAGACAGGAGUUUAAGGAGCGCCCUGCCCUGCCCAGGAACAGAACUCUGGGGAACAUAGCAGAGAGAUUCCUUUCUGCUCAGCCCGAGCCGGGGGAGACUGGGAUUCCCUGCACCUACUGUGACUCCCAUGUACCUGCUGUUAAAUCCUGUCUGCACUGUGAGGCUUCUGUGUGUAAUAAGCACCUGAGGAUGCACAGCAAGUCAGCGAAACACGUCUUAAUAGAACCCACAAUGCACCUGGGGGACAAGAAAUGCUCCGUCCAUGAUGAACCCCUGAAAUAUUACUGCUGGGAGGAGUCUGUCUGUGUCUGUGUGUCCUGCUGUCUGGCCGGAGAGCACAGGGGCCACAGGGUGGAGCUGCUGAGUGAGGCCUCUGAGAAGAAGAAAGAGAAAGUGAGGAAAGUUGUGGAGAAACUGAGGCCAGAGAGAGAGGAGACUGAGAGAGGAGCCCAGAGACUGCAGGAGCGCAGGAGAGAAGUGGCAGAAAAAGCAGCCGGUGAGACAGAGAGAGUCACUGCCCUGUUUAGAGACAUCAGGGAACAGCUGGAAGCCCUAGAGAAGCGACUUCUGAGUGACAUCUCCAGCCAGAAAGAGAAGCUCUCACUCACACUCACUGAUCUGAUGGAGCAGCUGGAAAUAAAGAAGGACGAGCUGUCCAGGAAGAUCCGUCACAUUGAGGAGCUGUGCAACAUGGCAGAUCCACUCACUGUCCUACAGGAACGGGAAUCACAUGGAGCUGCAGAUAAUGAGGGGGGCAGAGAGAGACAUGAUAUAAAGGUCCCUGCUGUAGGGGAUCUGGAUGUGGAUCUGAUCUCAGAGACAUUACUCACAGGCUUAGCUGCCAUUGUGACUGGGGUAAAGGGAAGGAUCUAUGGGCAGGAGGCUACAGACCUGUUACUGGAUAUAAACACGGCUCAUAAUCGUGUAUCUGUAUCAGGGGACAGGAAAUCUGCUUCCUACUCACUAACACAACUACAUUACCCACAAUCCCCAGAGAGAUUUCUGAAUUAUCCUCAGACUUUAAGCAGCAGGAGUUUCCCCUCAGGGCGACAUUACUGGGAAGUGGAGGUCAGUGAAUCAGGGGACUGGGGGGUAGGGGUGGCCUAUCCCAGUAUAGAGAGGAGAGGGGGUCAGUCCUGGAUUGGGAAUAAUAACAAGUCCUGGGGUUUGUACAGAUGGAAUAACAGAUAUUCAAUGAUACAUGACAGUAAAAGGACACAGUUACCCCAUGUCCCUUCCUGCAGGAGAAUCAGGAUCUGGUUGGACUAUGAGGCCGGACGUGUGUCCUUUUAUGAGCUGAGUGAGCCAAUCAGACACUUACACACCCUCACUGUCACAUUCACUGAGCCCCUCCAUGCUGCAUUCUCUGUAUGGAGGAACGGUACCUGGGUGAGAAUCACUAGCUCGGGCCCUGCCUAUUGUACAGGUAGCAGGUAAAUUAUGCUAAGCUCAUUUGCAGAACACGGUGGCACAGUGGGUCAUAGUGGAGUGGGUAUGUUAUAUCCAUGUGCAUUAGGUUUUUCCCCACCCUCCAGAACACACAGGCAGGUUAACUGGCUCCUCAUGAAAUUGGCCCUUACAUGAUGGGGACCAUGUAUUAUAUGUUCUGCUGGGCCAGUGAGCACAAUUUCCCCCUCAGUUGCCCCAGGUGCACAAAUAUACAUGUGAAUGCAUGGACAUUUUCAUUUAUAAGGCACUGCCGUAUAGACAGUAGCUCAUUUGGAUUAGGGCAGUAGUAAAACUUGUUUUUAGAGCCCAGGUAAGGGGAUGAAGACUGGCAAGCAUUAUACAGCACUUGGGUUGGGUUGAUGAUAAAAACCCGUGCGUUGACCCCUUAGGUGUCAUGAGCAACAAGUGAUAUCAGACAAUGCCCACCUUGUAGUAUUGUUGAAGUAGAAGUAGGGUAGAUGUGCAAUAGAUUCUACUGAAACGCCGAGACUGUGAGCUUAAUCACUAACAUCUUUGCAGAAGCUAGAGAAAACAAGGCAAGAGGGGAAUUAUUACACAUUUACCUCCAAAUACAGCAUUUCCAAUAAAAAUACAGAGGGGAAAUGAGGGAAAGAUAAGGAAUCUAGUUUUAUGCAUUCAAGGAUCUACAUAUCUUGCAUUUCCAUCCACCGAACGGGGCUCGAGAAACCUGAUCUCAAUAAUAAUAAUAUAAUAAUAAUAUUCAUCUUUAAGGGGUAACGGAGUUUCUGAGAAGUGAGAAACCAAAAUUUCAAUCUCUUUGGGGAACUCACCAGUUAAAGAGUAGUGACAGGUGGACCUCCUCUCUAAUGUGUCAACACAAAUAUUCCAAGGAGAAGGUUCACAUUUUGCGUAGCUCUUUGUUGAAAACAAUGGAAGUUUCUUCAUUCUAAUUGGGCUUUCACCAUAUAAGUUCUCUGAUGUAUGUGAAAGGUGUUCUCCUCUGGUUGCCUUCUGGUCUGCAUUUUCAUAAACUAUUUUUUAGAGUCAUUUUUCCACAAGGUGUGAACUCUUUGAUGUUGGAGAAACAUAAGCAUUGCUUCCCACCUUCUAUGUGUGCAUUGGCUUCUCUGUAGGUUUCUCUGUAAUUUCAUGAUGCAUGGCGAGGUUGUUAUUUUUUUGAGAAAUUCUCUAUAUGUUUUUUACAAGUGAAAAUAUUUUCCCUGUCAAUUUUCCAAAUUGUUUUUCCACAUUCUGGACAAGCAAACAUUUGUUGAUCAGAGGAUAGAAGAAAAAUUUUACUGAACUGCACCACAUACUGGAUUCCUCUCUUCUGAUGGUCAUCUGGUUCCUUGGGUGCAACAGCUCAGAAGAACCAUUGCCUUUAUGUACCAGAUGGUUUGAGAUUUUUCAUUCUUUGGGGGAUUCAGAGAAUAAACACUAGCGUUUGAACCCAACUGAGAAGUGUGCUAUACUACUGAUCUAUAUAGGCAGUGUAUAGCCAGUUGAUGAUGCUUUAGCCACUAGAAGAUACUCCUGUUCCAUCAAACUGAUAUGCACAGAUUCUCAGGCCCCUAGAAAUAAAUACAGAUGUUCCGUAUGUGGGUAUGUACUGGGAAGGGACUGGAUUCAUUUACUCAAUUCAGGUUCCAAGUGGGCUAAUACAAACGGGUUCAGGUUUUAUUCCAUGUGAAGUAGAAAGAUAUAGAAAUAGUUUCGGCAGAGCCAAUCUGUGGGGCAUUGUCUUGCGUCUCCUCCAGGCAGCUGCACUCACAAGACUACGGUAACGAUGUACCUCACCACUACAAAUACUCAACUAUGGGCUACAAAUACUCAACUAUGGGCUACAAAUACUCAACUAUGGGCUACAAAUACUCAACUAUGGGCUACAAAUACUCAACUAUGGGCUACAAAUACUCAACUAUGGGCUACAAAUACUCAACUAUGGGCUACAAAUACUCAACUAUGGGCUACAAAUACUCAACUAUGGCUCCCAGAUGUUGCUCUGACCUAUGACACUUCAUGGAGAUCACAAAAUACAACACCAUUUGGCUUUAUUCAAGCACACAUUAUGUAUGUAUAGAGAAAUAUCACAAGUCCAUUUAGUACAU